AUGACCAAGAGGUUACAGACACUUGAGCCCCCGUUCGAGUACUAUAAGCGCCGGGAUGCCAUUGUUGAGGGCGCCGAAAACGCCAUCAUAACCUUCGGAGCGGCCCAAGAUCUUGGCAGAGUGGUGCUCUGGCCAUCGAGAGUGGCCCUCGUCAGCGGUGCGAGCUUGACUAUGCGGCAGUUCAUUGCUCCCGGAAAGACGAAAAGAGGUCCAUUUACGGUCGAGAAGCUCACGGCUGACGACCUCGGUGUCGGUCUUGUCACUUGUGAAGGCUUCGAAGACGCCCAGAAUUGCCCAUUCAUUGGUCCCCGAGAAAUGCCAUCGUUCUGCCUGUACGUUGUUUUCUUAAUGAGCUCAUUCUGGCGCUCUCGGUGCAACGCUUUUGAGGUCUUGGAAGAGUGGAACAAACUUCUUCCCAAUCUCCAGUUCGCCCAGCCCGAAGAGUCCUUGACCAAAGCCUGGACCGGAACUGAUGCCGGCGCGAAGGCGGUGAACGCAGAUCACUAA